GAGCCCUUCCCCAGCCGCCCGCCCCGCCCUCCCCAGGGGCACCCACCUCUCCUGGCUGCCAGUCAACCUGUUAGGCCGGGCUGGGCAGGUCUGGAGAUGGGCGGGGAGCCCUGAGCCUCCGCACCCCCUCUCCUGCUCCUCCUCCUCCCCCACUGCCCUGUGCCCGGCACUCAGGUCUCUCAGAGCUGGGCUGCCUGGGUGCCUGAGGCCAGGAAGCCGGGGGUCCCCAGGGGGGUGACCCCCAAGAAGAGGGCAGCCGCUUCACGCUUGGCUGCCGGGAGCCCUUCCUGGAGCCGUCAGGGUGGGGGGUCCCCUCCCCCAGGGGGCCGGGGCCAUGUUGCCUUGUGCCUUCUGAGGCCCCGCAUCAUGGCCCGGUCGCUGACCUGGCACUGCUGCCCCUGGUGCCUGACGGAGGAGGAGAAGACGGCCGCCCGGAUCGACCAGGAGAUCAACAAGAUCCUCCUGGAGCAGAAGAAGCGGGACCGAGGGGAGCUGAAGCUGCUGCUUCUGGGCCCGGGUGAGAGCGGGAAGAGCACGUUCAUCAAGCAGAUGCGCAUCAUCCACGGGGCUGGCUACUCGGAGGAGGACCGCAAGGGCUUCCGGCCGCUUGUCUACCAGAACAUCUUCGCGUCCAUGCGGGCCAUGAUCGAGGCCAUGGACCAGCUGCAGAUCCCCUUCAGCAGGCCUGAGAGCAAGAACUACGCCAGCCUGGUCAUGAGCCAGGACCCCUACAAGGUGACCACUUUCGAGAAGCGCUACGCUGUGGCCAUGCAGCGCCUGUGGAGUGACGGCGGCAUCCGGGCCUGCUACGAGCGCCGGCGCGAGUUCCACCUGCUGGACUCGGCAGUGUACUACCUGUCGCACCUGGAGCGCAUCACCGAGGAGGGCUACGUCCCCACCGCCCAGGAUGUGCUCCGCAGCCGUAUGCCCACCACCGGCAUCAACGAGUACUGCUUCUCCGUGCAGAAAACCAACCUGCGGAUUGUUGACGUUGGGGGCCAGAGGUCAGAACGCAAGAAGUGGAUCCACUGCUUUGAGAAUGUGAUCGCUCUCAUCUACCUGGCCUCGCUGAGCGAAUACGACCAGUGCCUGGAGGAGAACAACCAAGAGAAUGAAGGAGAGUCUGGCCCUGUUUGGCACAAUCCUGGAACUGCCCUGGUUCAAAAGCACAUCUGUCAUCCUCUUCCUCAACAAAACCGACAUUCUGGAGGAGAAGAUCCCCACCUCCCACCUGGCCACCUACUUCCCCAGCUUCCAGGGCCCGAAGCAGGACGCGGAGGCAGCCAAGCAGUUCAUCCUGGACAUGUACAGCGGCAUGUACGCCGGCUGCGCGGACGCCGCCGACGGGGGCAGGAAGGGCUCGCGCUCCCGGCGCCUCUUCAGCCACUACACGUGCGCCACGGACACGCAGAACAUCCGCACGGUCUUCAAGGACGUGCGGGACUCGGUCCUGGCCCGCUACCUCGACGAGAUCAACCUGCUGUGACCCAAGCCCCGCCUCCGCGGCUCGGACCAGCGAGCGGCCCUCCGGACCUGCGGGCGGGCGGGCGGCGCUCCGGGGGCCCAGGUGCCUCCCCGGUCGCUCCAGGCCCACGUGGCGGGGGGGCCACGAGUGAGUUGCGGAAAGCCAGUCGCCGCCGCUUCUGUGCCCUUUGCUAGGACAGCUCCUGGGGUCCCCACUCUUGACUCCUCGAAAAAGGAGCACCAUGGCCACCUGGGGUCCCCGGGGUGGAGGGGACGAUGAAGAGGGCAGAGGACGGAAGACUCAGGACCCCCGCUCCGGGUCUGUCCCCUCCUGGGGAGAAGCCCGGGACCCCCGGGGGCUGGUGCACCCCCUCAGGGAUCGGGCAGUGGUCCCGCAGGCCCAGGAACCGGACUCUGGCGCCCCUUAGUGGACAGGAGGUGGUAUCUCCCAGUUUGAGGUUUGGGUAGCUCAGAGGCCGCCCUCGGUGU